UACGAAAUUUUGAUCUGGAAAGUUUUGUAAACGGCGUGAUUACAUACGAAGACGAAUUUGCCGUCGAGUGGGGUGUGGGAAAACGACCAAAAGGUGGAUUCCCCAUUUAUAUGGCUACCGUUCAAUCAGUUGGAGACAUGAAUACUUUGGAGCGAAAGUUGGACAAACGUUCAAAGAAAGAUUCCGAAGACAACGCCAUUGUGGGAAAGAGAAUCCGUGUUGCCAAACGUCUGUGGGAGGAUGAGGAUGAGGAUGACCCCCCUACUGCCGUGGCCACAGUCAGUGGAACCAAAGCUGCCAUUCACAAUCAAGGGGCUGAAAUCCUAGAUUCCAUUUCCUUGGAAGAACAAGCAGAAAAUAGUGACAACGAGCUCUCACUUGUGCGUCAAGAAUUGCUAGAAAUAAAAAAAUUCAUCUUUACAGAGAUACCUCAGAUAAAAGAAAUGCUCAACAGAAGCUCCAUGCACCUCGGCAGUCCAGGGUCUCUCCCCAGCCCUUCAAACCCUGUUCAAAUAGAAGAAAUUGUCCCAGGUUCAGGUGUUUACGUAUCACGAAGUGUGUGGCGCUCUGCUUGCCAGGCAUCUAGUGGGACUUCAAUGGCAAGGAUUUUGCUGCUUGGGGUGUUUGACAUUGAAACACUCAUCAAAAGUAAUUUGAGAGGAGGGGAAUCCAAGGUUUCAAAGGGGGGAGAUGGGGAGAAAAGAAGCGCCCUGGAUGAAAUAAAAGUGAUUUUGCUAUUUGACAUCAUCUGCCACAGGUCUGUAUGUAUAGUGUUGUGAGCCUUGACUCAGUCA